AAGCCGUUAUUUUGUAUAUUAGUUAAUUAUUAUUUUUUUAAUAAUAUAUUUUAGAUUGUGACUAUGUUUCGUUAACAACAACAAAAAUAUAUUAAUGUUUUCCAUCACCAAGUUGUAUACGAGUUUUCAGAGAGCGAGAGAGAGAGAGAGAGAGAGAAAAGUGACGCGAUCCACCAAUGUUUUGGUUCCUGGCGGUGACGUAACACACAAAAACAUGGUUCCCUUGUUUUGGAGCUGUGAAGCGUGCUACGUGCUACGCGCGGAGAUGCUGUUUCGAGGCUGAACGAGUGGAAGAGACUCCCCCCUUAGCAGGCGAUGGCUCAGGCCGGGGAAAGGUGUGCCGAGUCCGGCCGCCGGCUGCGCUCCAUCUGCCGGCGGCUGUACGACGAGAACGAGGACCUGUCUGACGUGGAGGAGAUGGUCAACAUCAGGGGAUUCAACGUGGAGGACAAGCUGGCCAGCGACAACUACGCCACAAACUUUGUGCGUGUCAUGGAAGCCAAAGACUUCACAUAUGAAUAUGUGCAACGGGACGCCCUAAAGGUUCCGCUUAUUUUCAAAGAGAAGGAAGGACUUGGGAUCAUAAUGCCCGAUCCGGAAUUUACAGUGUCGGAAAUCAAAGGCUUAGUCGGCAGCCGUCGCUCGGUGGACGUGAUGGACGUGAGCACUCAGAAAGGCUCGGAAAUGAGCAUGGCCCAGUUUGUGCGCUACUACGAGACGCCGGAGGAAGAGCGGGACAAGCUGUUCAACGUGAUCAGCUUGGAGUUCAGCCACACCAAGCUGGAGAACCUCAUCAAGAGACCCACCGUGAUUGAUCAGGUGGACUGGGUGGACAACAUGUGGCCUUCGUAUCUAAAGCAGAGCCAAACAGAAGGCACCAACGUGAUCUCGGAGAUGAAAUAUCCCAAAGUACAAAGGUAUUGUUUAAUGAGCGUGAAGGGCUGCUAUACUGACUUCCACAUCGAUUUCGGGGGAACCUCUGUGUGGUAUCAUGUCUUCAAGGGGCAAAAAGUGUUCUGGCUGGUGCCCCCGACACUCCACAACCUGGCUCUGUACGAGGACUGGGUGCUGUCAGGCAAACAGAGCGAUGUCUUCCUGGGAGAUCGCGCUGACGGAUGCCAGAGGGUGGAGCUCAAGCAGGGAUACACCUUCUUCAUCCCGUCUGGGUGGAUUCAUGCGGUGUACACUCCCGAGGACACGCUGGUCUUCGGCGGCAACAUUCUGCACAGUUUUAACAUUCCUAUGCAGCUCACCAUCCACGAGAUCGAGAACCGUACCAAGGUUCACUCGAAGUUCCGCUUCCCCUUCUACUAUGAGAUGUGUUGGUACGUCCUGGAGCGAUACAUGCACUGCCUGACCAAUCGGUCCUACCUUUCUCAGGAGAUCCAUAAAGAGCCUUUACUCAUGGACUACGAGACAAAAGCCCACGUGGGAAGCCCCGGCUCCGACUCGAGAAGUCAGGACAUGACCGAGGACUGGUGCGAUUCGCAGCUCAGGGACGACCCGUGCGAAAAACCGCAGGUGGUUUCCGACCAGCAGUGCCCUAAAGCCACCUUGUCCGCCCACUCCGAGGACAGCUGCUGUCCCGUCUCCGACCCUGCGGACUUCCAAUCCGAAUCGCCGACCUCGGAAUCGCACAAUAAGUGGACUCAUCUGACAGAAUUUGAAAUCAACGGACUGAAGAGGCUGGUGGAAAAGCUGGAGUCGCUCCCCGAAAAUAAGAAAAGUAUUCCGGAGCGGUUGGAGAACCCGCUCGGCCUGCUGGAAGACAUGAAGGUUGUCUUAAAGGAACAUGCUGAUGAUGACCCAAAGUUAGCCAUCACUGGGUUUCCGGUUGUGUUCUGGCCAAACAAAACCACAAAGGCGCGGCCUCCCCACAGACCCAAGCCCAAGAUGGCGGCCUCACCGGCGUCGGCCCUCAAGGUCCCGGCGGGCCGCGGCGGCGCGUCGAGCGCCAGGAGGAGGCGCACUCGCUGCCGCAAGUGCGAGGCCUGCGUGCGGACCGAGUGCGGCGAGUGCCACUUCUGCAAGGACAUGAAGAAGUUCGGCGGGCCGGGACGGAUGAAGCAGUCGUGCAUCAUGAGGCAAUGCAUCGCACCCGUCCUGCCACACACGGCGGUUUGUGUAGUGUGCGGAGAAGCCGGCAAGGAGGACACGGUGGAGGAGGACGAGGAGAAGUUCAACUUGAUGCUGAUGGAGUGCUCCAUCUGCAACGAGAUUGUACACCCUCACUGUUUGAAGGUGAAAGAUUCCAGCGGAGUUGUCAAUGAUGAGUUGCCAAACUGCUGGGAAUGUCCCAAAUGUAACCACGCUGGCAAAACGGGGAAACAAAAAAGGGGUCCGGGAUUCAAGUACGCGUCAAACCUCCCGGGCUCGCUGUUGAAAGAAGCGCGUCCGAGCCGUGACCCCAAAGAAGAGCCCGAUGCCCCCUCGCCUUCUUCGGCCACCGUCAACGCCAAGAGAAAAGCCGAACGGGAGGAAGAGCUUCCGAAGAAGCGGCCCCCUCUGCUGUCCCUGGAUGGGUCGCCCCGGCCUAGACAGGAGGAAAACCCCCUGAGGAAGAAGAGGAAACUGUUUGACACGCAAGACGAACCCGAUGAUGUCAAAAGGAAGCUCUCCAAACUGGACGAGCCUCUGACCGCGAAACUGCUGCGGCACAUCAAGACGGAGAUCGACCUCGGCGAGUACGAGGACGACCGGGAAGACCGAUUCUCUUUGCACAGGAUCCACUUCAAGGCCAAGUUGGACGGCAGAGAGGAAGAUGACGACAAGGAGGACGAAAAAGACGACUACAACAGGACGGACGACAAAUCCAAAGUCCUUCUGAGUCCUUUGAGGAAAACGGCGGCGGCCGGAGAGAGUGAGCAGACGUUCAAAAGCGCCUCGGGAGCAGGCCCCAGCGGCGAGGAGGCCGAGGAGUGGACCGAGGAGAUGUCAUCAGCAAAUUUGAAGGCGCACCAUCAACAUAGACGCCUCCUCAAGAUCCAUGACAGCGUGAACCACCAAAAUAGCUUGACCAAUCAGCUUCCAAGUCAGCUGAAGACGGAGGACGGCACCGCCAAAACGGAAGAGGCGACCAAUCAAAACAAAAAGGCGUUCAAAUCCGAGGUACUCCCAUCCAAACAGAACCACAGGCCAGUCAAGGCGGAGCCCGAGAACGACGUGGCGGUAACCGAUCCGAGAUGGCCUCUGAACAACGGCAGCGGAGACCUCGGAGGCUGGAUGCGACACAGGCGGGAGGCCAACGGGACGCCGCGCCGACACUCGCCGCUCAGCUGGAACCGGAAGGCUCCCGUGACGCCGCUCGCUCCCCGCCCGCUCCCUUGCCGUUCGCCGCCCAAAUGCGUCCAAAUGGAACGCCACGUCAUCAGACCGCCACCCAUCAGCCCCCCGCCCGACCGGCUUCCCCUGAACGACGGCCAGGAGCACACCAUGCGGCGCGAGGCCUGGAUGUCCGUCUUCGGUCACCUGGCGUUCAGAGAUCUCUGCGUGUGUAUGCGCGUGUGCAGGACGUGGAACCGAUGGUGCUGCGACAAGAGGCUGUGGAAGCACAUCAAUCUGAACCGCUGCAAGUCCAUCACACCUCUCAUGCUGAGCGGGAUCAUCCGAAGGCAGCCGGUCGCUCUGGACCUGAGCUGGACGAACAUUUCCAAGAAGCAACUUAGCUGGCUCAUCAACAGACUGCCAGGUUUGCGGGUGCUGCUGCUGUCGGGGUGCUCGUGGGUGGCUGUCUCCGCUCUCUGCAGCUCCUGCUGUCCUCUCCUGAGAACGCUGGACUUUCAGUGGGUGGAGGGACUUAAAGACGCCCAGAUGAGGGACCUGCUCUCCCCCACUACCGAUAACAGGCCAGGCCAGCUGGACAACCGGAGCAAGCUGCGCAAUGUGGAGGACCUGCGUCUGGCCGGCCUGGACGUCACCGACGCCACGCUGCGCCUCAUCAUCCGCCACAUGGCGGCGCUAUCCAAGCUGGACCUCAGCUACUGCAACCACGUCACCGACCAGUCCGUCAACAUCCUGACCGCUGCCGGGACCACCACGCGGGACUCCCUGACCGACGUUAACCUCUCAGUGUGCAACAGGGUGACCGACCAGUCGCUCACCUACUUCAAGCGCUGCGGCAGCAUCCGCCGCAUCGACCUGCGCUUCUGCAAGCAGGUGAGCAGGGAGGGCUGCCAGCGCUUCGUGGCCGAAAUGUCGGUCAGCGUUCAGUUCGAGCUGAUCGACGACAAGCUGCUGCAGAGGAUCCAACCCCACUCCGCCUGCGAUUGAUCCGCUUCGCCACACGGGGGCAGCGCACCACCGGAGGAGGAGGAAGAGGCGGAAGAAGAAGAAGGAGGGCAGCACCGUGUGUUGUCUCCUUGCCAACUACUGAGCCAGAAUGUACAAUUUAAAGAACAUUUACUGUACCUGUCAAACGUUUAGACACAGCUUCCCAUUCGAUAGCACAAAGAAGCGUCUCUAUACUUUUGACCGGGACUGCCUGUUGUUUUUAUUUAUUUCUUAUAUAUUUUUUUUUUCUGUUCAAGAUUGACUAUUUUUGUAGCCGAAAGCGUUUCCUACAUUCAUGUACAGUAUUAUACUACUGAUAUUGAUAAUCAAUACCCAGUGUGAGUUUUUUUUUUUUGUCUUUCUGUUUUAUAUUUAUUUAAGCACAUUUGUAUGACUGUUAUGUGUGUAUAGCUUCUAUUACUUGCACCUAUUACACAAAUGCCGACACUGUAGAGUGUAUAAAGCAUAUAUACCGGUAAAUGUUAAUAAAUUAGAAUAUGGUGGGAAAUAUGUUUUUUUUUUUUUUUGGCAUCAGUUCGAAUUGAACUACUGCAACAAAUUAACGUUUCUACCUUAUUCUAAUUUAUUGACUUGCACUUGUAGUUAUGCAGGUCUGGGGGGGUGGGACCACUGCAAAAUUAUGAUGUUGCAGUUUAUAGGUAAACGGUGGAUAUAAAAAGUCGGCACUCCCUGGUUCAAAUGCCAGGUUUUUGUGUUAUAAAAUAAUGAGACCAUGAUAAAUUCAUUCUGAACUUUUCGCCAUUGACGUGACCUAAAUUGUAGAGCUCAAUCGAGUUUAGUUUUUCCAUCUUUUCGGGAGGUGAAAUUCAAUUGUGAAAUAGUGGUUGCGCAAGUGUGCACACCCUGUUACCCGGUUUCGAAAAGCCUACUAGCAUAGUUUAGCCUAAUUUGUGGUUCAGUGAGAGGCACUUCAAAUGGCGGCGAGUGUGUGGUGGCUCGCGUUAAACGUGAGUUUGAAUGUAAUUGGUUAUUAAUUCUGAACACAGCCGCGUCUUAAUUUUAAGUGGAUGUGCACACUUAUGCAACCAACUUAUUUUACUUUCCCUUUCGAAGAGAUUUUCAAAAAGGCAAUUGAGUUGUACAGGUUAUAGCUCACAGUAAGGAAACCAAAUAGAUUUAUCUCCGUUUAUUUUUUUAAUAUCAAAACAACCUGGCAUUUGAACGGGGGGGGGGGGGGGGGGGGGGGGGUGUAGACUUUCUCUAUCCACGUUUUUUAAAUACUGACAGCAUAACUCCCAAAUUCAAAUAUUGUCAUUUAGAGCGUUUGCAGAAAUUGUGGGUGUGGAGGGUCUAACAAAAAAUGGUCUCUUCAUUCCCCCCCCCCCCCCCCCCCCCCCCCCCCCAGAGCUGUACAUAUAUUUUGUUUUCUUCUGUGCUAAAAGCUUCUUGUCGUCAUUCCUCCGUUAAGCGUGUUAUUUGUGGACACGUUUUGCUAUUAGCUCAGCAUGUACACUUGCUGUUUAAACAAAAAAAAAAAACAAAAAAAAAAUCAGCUGUCGUUAGUUUGAAACCAGAGACGCACUAUAAAAGUCCUGAAAGAGAAAGAUUACAUUCAUUUAAAGUUAGGGCUGGGGAUAGCUUGAUUUAUCGGAGCUUUUAUCAAAGGCUCCGGAGGUAAAACAAAUGUUUUAGAGUAUGUGCAUUAAAAAAACAAAAACAAAUACAAUUGGUAUACUGUAUGUCACUUUCCCACCCUGUUAUUUGAAGAACCUGCAAAAAGUUGUUUAAAAAAAUGCCCCCUUUUUUGAGUGAUAGGAAAAAAGUUAGUUUUGAGUUCUAUCUGAAAAAGAAGGGAUUUUUGGAAUGAUCCAAUCAGUAUUUUGACACUAUUGUACAGUGGACCCCGGCUACUCGCUAAGAUAGAUCGAGCCUGACCACAAAUAGUGAAAAUUCGUAAAUAGUUGACGCGCUCUUAUGGUUAGCGUGGGCAUUUUGUUGGUGUUGAAAAAAAGGCAAAUAUGCGUGGGACCGGGCCAGAAAACGGCAAAUAAUUUUCCGAAUGCAGAACUGCGAUUAUGCAGGGGUCCGCUGUAUUUGAAGCUGUGCGUAAAGUAUAAAGUGAACAGUUUAAUGCACUUUUCCAUGUCUUUCUAUGUGGCUUUUUUUUUAUUUUCAUGUUUAAUUCCAAUUUUGUACUUUUUUUUUUGUUUUUUUUUUUUACUUUCAAGUUCAGCAGACAAGUUUACAUUGUUAUUGCAUCUGGAUAAACCACUAUGUGCGUGUACUAUAUGUUGACUGUAAAUGUUGUACACAUUUAAAGCCUCUAGGAAGAGUUUGACAUAUUAAAAGCCUUUUAA